UAUCGCAGUAAUCGUGCUCAGCCAAUCGACGACGGAUAAGCGACAGACGCCAGCAUUCUGAGGCGUUGCUUUGAGUGAAUGUUAAACGGCCCCGAUGUACGCUGCCAGCUGGUACCCGAAGUCGAUCGGGAACGAGGCGCCGUCGGCCGCUUGCCUCCUGAGGAUCGAGCGGGACAUCGAGGAGAUAAAGGCCGACCCGCUACCCGGGAUCUUCGUCUCCCCCGAGGAGAACGACCUGAGCAAGCUGCACGCCGUCGUGGUCGGGCCGUCGGGCACUCCGUACGAGGGCGGCUUCUUCCAUUUCUUCAUCAAGUGCCCGUCGAGCUACCCGAUGCAGCCGCCUUACGUUCGCCUGGUGAACACGGACGGUGGCCGCGUGCGUUUCAACCCGAACUUCUACGCUUUCGGAGAGCUCUGCCUCAGCAUUCUGGACACUUGGUCGGGACCCGCCUGGAGUCCGGUGCAGACCAUAGGCACCGUGCUGCUCUCCAUCCAGUCGCUACUUAACAAGGAACCAUACUACAACCACCCCGAACAAACGAGAGGCAUAUUGUUCGACGGCUCCAAGAGCUACAAUGAGAAGUUGCGACACGAGACUAUCAGGGUCGCCGUCUGCGACGCCGUAGAAGCCUGCCUGCAGGACAGUCCCCCGUGUCCGCCGGACCUGGUGGCGGCCAUCUUGAGGACGUUCGCCGAGUCGUACGACAAGUACGAGAAAAAGGUCGAGAAGCGGCUCUACCUUACCGGCACUAAGAUGUCCGGAGACCAGUUAGGUCCGAAUCUGGAGGACGCUGUCUUUCGGUACGAGACGCUACUGACGCGACUUAGGGAACUGAAAGAGCGAGUGAAGAAACACGAGGACGAAAAGAAUGCGAACCUGAACGCUCACGCUAACGCCGCCAGUGCCAGUAACGGACAGUGACGAACUGCCGCCGUAAUGUCUUCGCGGUCGAACGACCGAAAGCUGGUCACCUCUCGUGCGCCGGGAAAGCGAGAUAUGCCGUGAAAAUGUCAUCAAUUAGCAUAAACAAAAAUUUACACGACUUAAUGAUGCAUCUUAUAUCGCGGAACACCCCGCAUAAUUUACAGUGAUAUGAUCGUUAUUGGCAUGCACAGCAUCGCUUGAAUCUGUCGGCAGAAGUGCACUUGUGAAUAAGAGUACGCCUUCAU